CUAAUCCUUCGUCGAUCCGGCAUCGAAUAUAGGUGUGAAUGUAGGUGACAUUUUGCAAUAGCAAAGGAAAUAUACAUAUAAAUAUUGUAUCAGACAUGAUUGAAAAUAUAUUCAAUUUCUGGCACGUGGCAUGACAAUCUACCAACCUAGCAUUAUACCGUAUUAUUCAUCUGGUUCAGGGAGACAAUACAGUGAUAAAGGAAGGCAAACGGCGGAAUGAUUGCUUUCGGUGGCUGGAUAAACCGGAUGCUCUUCACAGUACGUUUCCUUCAGUUUUUCAGUUGAUUAACACAUUUUUAAGCCAAAUAACUGGGGUAUAUAAAAAUAUGAACGAAUUUACUUCCUUUGGGUGGUGGAGGCUCACGUGGACGAGAACCACCCACUUCAGAAGGUUCCUUUCCCGAGGUCUCCCCACGUUUCCUCUAAGUGGUGGAAUAGCAGGUGCCUCUCAGCCAAGAGUGGUUUCCGGGUUCCCCAGCCUGGCCCCACCCCUCCGCGGACCACUCACUGCAGGCGUGUAUGUGAGGCGGGCCUGAUGCUGACGAUGACCAAUGGGAGGCGAGACGGGCGUGGUCUCUCGCGUGGGCGUGGCCGGGGCGGGGCUACGCGCAGGCUCCCAGGCCAGCUCCUCGGCUUCCCCACCUUUUUUCGUUUCCCGCAUCACUGCCCAGUCCGGCCGUGGCUGAUCCUGCGUGGAAAGGCAGCCGUCGCGGGGAACACGCUUUUGGAGGUGAUGUUUGCAUAAUUGAAAGGUGAAGGGACAGCGAAAAUGUCAGCCCUCAACUGGAAGCCCUUUGUUUAUGGAGGGCUGGCCUCCAUCACGGCCGAAUGCGGCACAUUUCCAAUUGAUUUAACCAAGACACGACUUCAGAUUCAAGGCCAGACCAAUGAUGCCAACUUCCGAGAAAUUAGGUACCGAGGGAUGCUGCAUGCAUUGGUGCGGAUUGGCCGGGAAGAAGGGCUGAAGGCCUUGUACUCAGGGAUUGCCCCUGCCAUGCUCCGCCAGGCCUCCUAUGGCACCAUCAAGAUUGGCACUUAUCAGAGCUUGAAGAGAUUGUUCGUGGAACGCCCAGAAGAUGAAACUCUACUGAUCAACGUCAUAUGUGGAAUUCUUUCUGGAGUCAUAUCUUCAGCCAUUGCCAAUCCAACCGAUGUGCUAAAAAUCCGAAUGCAAGCACAAAGCAACAAUCUCCAAGGAGGGAUGAUAGGUAACUUCAUUCACAUUUAUCAGCAAGAGGGAACAAGAGGUCUGUGGAAGGGUGUGUCCCUCACGGCGCAGAGGGCUGCUAUCGUUGUUGGUGUGGAACUUCCAGUGUAUGACUUCACCAAGAAGCAUCUGAUGCUCUCGGGUCUCAUGGGAGACACAGUCUAUACCCACUUCCUCUCGAGCUUCACCUGUGGUCUCGUGGGGGCCCUGGCCUCAAACCCUGUGGACGUUGUGAGAACACGAAUGAUGAAUCAGAGAGUUCUUCGAGAUGGCAGUUGCUCUGGCUACACAGGUACCCUGGAUUGCUUGUUACAGACAUGGAAGAAUGAAGGAUUUUUUGCCCUGUAUAAAGGGUUCUGGCCUAAUUGGCUGAGGCUUGGUCCCUGGAAUAUCAUUUUCUUUGUGACUUAUGAGCAGCUGAAGAAACUGGACUUGUGACACAAGUUCAAGGCCGCCUGAGACUACCUUCUCAAAGCGCAAACUUCUGCAAUAGUUGAGCUUUCUGUAUUCCACUCUGCUUCUCACUUGGCUCAUCACAGCUCUGGGAUGGGAGCCACAGAUGAAGACUGGGUUCUUUCGAUUGCUGUGUGUCAGCAUCAAAUGCUCUUCGCCAGUGCUAAUGGCCUGAAUUGUAACCUCCAAACACCAGUCCUUACCAUUGAAGUGCCCUUUGAUACCCACAAUCAUAUACACAAGUACAUAUUUCUUGUUAUAGAAAACUUGCAACAACAACAGCAGAAAAGAAUACAGGCACUGUAUGUUUUUUUCUUUUGGAAGAGGAACUCCUGAUGCUACUUUUCUCUGCCUGUUCUGAAAAAGCACUGGGAACCAUGUGAUGCAGCUUCUGAGAGGAUGUUGCUGUUUCUGAACUGCGAGAAGCUCUUGCUAUUUGUCAACUGAAGAUAUUUCAGGCUGUGAAGACCUGGACUUUUUAACCCCAGGUUUAGACAGUGCUAGAAGUAGAUCCUCAGAGUAUUGCACUGCUUUAAAAUUUCCGACUUUGUCAGGAUCUCUCACUUAUAAUAAGUGAUUUUAAGCCUUUGAAGACUUUACCUUUGUGAGGAAUUGUUAAAAUAUGUUAACACCUUAAUCCAAGGUGGUGUGAUGUGUUGGCUUUGAAAGUUACCAGUGUAUGUUGUUUGGAGUGUGUUGGUGGAAGAUGUUUGAAGCUGUUUGACUUCUGUCUCAGGUAAUUUUAGGAAUUGGCUGUGUGAUUCUUUUAAAAAAUUCUUUUUGUGCUUGCAUGGUCUUCAACUCAUGGUCUUGAGCUUUUUGUUCAAGGCUGG